UAUUAAAUUAAACUAACAUCGGCGAUUAAGUUUCAGUCGUUAAUGUGGGAGGGAAUCAAAUGUGAAUGAAGGCUCUAAUUCAUUCAUCAGCUUCAAUGUGUCAAAAUAUAUAUCCCAACCUUUGCAGCUGAAGUGCUCGUGGUCGCCAAAUGUCAAGGACUCUUGCAGCAAUUGUAGGAGGUGCUGCAGGAGCCGUGGCAUUGGUGGGGAUUCUGCUUCUCAUUUGUUGCUUCUGUAUUUUUCGUAAAAGGACUAUUUCAACAACUUCCGACACAGGAUCUUCUGAUCCAUCUGUUCAAGUUGGAAAAAAUGCUGGGGUUGAAUUGACCUCACAAGAUGCCAGGCCCUUCCACAUAGAAGAAUUGUCUUUGGCCACAAAAGGUUUUAGUGAUAAGAGUUUAAUUGGCCAAGGCAAAUUUGGGGAGGUGUACAAGGGAUUGCUUCAUGAUGGUAUGCUUGUAGCAAUAAAAAGGCGAUCUGCUGUUCCUAGUCAGGAAUUUAUUGAUGAGGUUCGCUAUCUCUCAUCUAUUCAGCAUCGGAACUUAGUCACCCUCUUAGGAUAUUGCCAGGAAAAUGAUCAGCAGAAUCUUGUCUAUGAGUACAUACCUAAUGGAAGUGUAUCCAUUCACUUGUAUGGUGGCGGUCAUGUUACACAAGAGAAGCUAGAAUUCAAGCAUAGGCUUUCUAUAGCUCUAGGGGCAGCUAAAGGUCUUGCUCAUCUUCACUCGCUAAGUCCCCGCUUGAUUCAUAAAGACUUUAAGACAGCAAAUGUUCUUGUGGAUGAAAAUUUCAUAGCUAAAGUUGCAGAUGCGGGAUUACGCAAUUUUCUUGGAAGAUUUGAGGUUGCAGGCCCAUCUUCUCGAGUGGCUGCUGAUGAAAUAUUUCUUGCCCCAGAGGUCAGAGAGUUCCGACGAUUUUCUGAGAAAAGUGAUGCCUACAGUUUUGGUAUAUUUCUCCUGGAGCUAGUUAGCGGCCAUGAAGCAAUGGAUUUGCUAUCUUCAGAUUUGAAUGUAAACAUAGUUGAAUGGGUGGAGAAUUAUCAAGACUCUGGAAACAUAUCUGCCAUCAUUGAUCCAAGAUUGGGUAAUAGCUUCACCACAGAAGGCAUGGAAGAGUUCAUGCAAUUGACUGUCCGGUGCGUUGACCCUUCGAGUGAAAGGCGGCCUACCAUGAGUUAUGUGGUGAUGGAACUGGACCGGAUACUGGAGAAAGAAAUGAGCUUGACAACAAUAAUGGGAGAAGGAACUCCAGUUGUGACUCUUGGAAGUCAACUUUUUAGGGCUUUAAAAUAAGAUGGAGUGGGAAUUAAGCUUCUUGGUUGUAUUAAUUCUUUUGUUUGUGUGAUUUUUCAGAUUAUAUUUACAGAAACACCAGAUUGGAGAGGGAGGUGCAUCCAGCUGUUUGUUAA